AUGUCGGUUUUGGAUCGCGACAUCUCGCACGGGGAAUACCCCAGUGUGAAAUGGAAUACGUCUUUAGAUAUUCCGCUGAAAGAUUCUGAAGAAGUUGUGAGCAUUGACCUGGUGAACGAUUUGCCAGAAGAUCCAAGCGAUUUGAAAACGUUGUUAGUGGAAGAAAACUCGGACAAGGAGCACUGGCUGACGAUUGCAAUCGCUUAUAGUCAAUGUGGGAUGCUGAAAGAGAGCAUAAGUCUGGUGCAAAUGGCGCUGGAAGUGUUCCAAGGCCCACAAUCGGCUGCGUUGCAUACGUGUCUAACUUGGGCGUUUUUGAAGCAAGCAAAAGACCAAUCAACGCAUCAAAAUGCUUGGGAUAGCAGCUUGUUGCAAGCCGAACACCAUCUAAAGGAGGCCAUUGGAUAUGACCCAUCCGGUGUUGGGAACAUGUUGGCCACCAUCGACUUGUAUUACCAAAGAAGACAAUACGAUAAGGCCUUGGAAACUUCAGAACUUUUUUUACGUGGUAUCCACGCUGAAGAUCAGCGUCUGGGACGUACCUCAAGACCCAACGUCUUGUUUCUGCUCGUUAGGGCCAAACUUUUCUACCAAAAGAAAAACUAUCCUGUUAGCUUGAGAUUAUUCCAAGAACUGCUAGUUUUGAACCCAGUUUUAAAGCCAGAUUCAAGAAUCGGGAUUGGAAUGUGUUUCUGGCAGCUCAAGGACUACGACAUGGCCAUUCGCGCUUGGAAACGUAGUUUGGAGCUCACACCUGAAAAUCCCAACGUCAAAAUCUUGCUAUUACUCGGAGAAUUUCACAAGACACUUACGCACUCUGAGGAUGACGAAUCUUUCAAGCGAGAAUUUACAGCCGCACUCACCCAACUUGGUCAGCUUAUCUCGACAAACAAGCAUAACCCGGUCCUUCUUGUGCUUUAUCAAACGUACUGUUAUUUGAAAUCCGAUUUUCAAAAGGUCAUAGACAUUCACGAACAGCAAAUCGCUCCUUUUGCGUCCGGCUACUCUAACACCGUUGUAUCAGAGUCAGCCUUUUGGUGUGGUCGAGGUUACUACGCCUUACAAGAGCCCAGGAAAGCUUUUGCAGCGUUUCAAGAAAGUCUCAAAGUCCAUGAGGACAAUUUGCUUGCGCGUUUGGGGCUUGGUCAGACUCAGAUCAAGAAUAAUUUAAUAGAAGAAAGUAUUCUGACCUUCGAAAAUCUUUACGGAAGUCAUGAGAACAUUCAGGAACUGAACUAUAUUCUGGGUCUUCUCUAUGGGGCCAAAUGUUUGGACGCGAAGAGUUGGAACUCAAUGGCACCCAACGAAAGAAAUAAACUGUUACAGAAAUCGAUCGAUUACCUCGAGAAAUAUAUCAAGCUCACGAAGGCAAAAGGAAACCAGGUUGUUAUUGUCAAGGCAUAUCUGUUCUUGUCUGAGCUAUAUCAGAUACAAAACUUACACAAGCAAGCCCUGGAAAUCCUGUCUCGUGCGAUCGAUCAGCUGCAAACUAGCGGCGAUAGUAUGGUUCCACUUGAGAUCUACAACAAUCUCGGCUGCUUUCAUUUCAUCAGCGGCGAUCAUGCUAAGGCGCAAAAAUAUUUCGAUCAAGCUUCAACUUUAACCCACAGCUCUGUCGAACAAAGUCCAGCAUCUAUAACCAUUGAUUUCAACGGCUCCAGGGUUAUAGAAUACGAGAGCAUUGAUAAAGCUCUCUACGGGUAUGAAAGUCUUCUGGCAUCACACCCCGGGUAUGUGCAUGCCAAGAUAAGGUAUUUGUACCUUGCGGUAAUGAAAGCCGAAAGUGAUGAAUUGGACAAGCAAGUCGACGAACUUUUGGAAAGGCAUAACUCUGAUUUAGAUGUGCGGUCGUUCUACAGCUGGUUCUUAAAAAAUGGAUCGAAUGAGAAGAAAACUGAGAAUGCCGACAAACUGGAAACCAACCAUAACCGCGAUACUCUCACAAAGUAUGACUCCCAUGAUUCCUACGCUCUAAUUUCUCUGGCGAACCUGUAUAUAACCAUUGCAAGAGAAUCCAAGAAAUCAUCGGCACCCAAAGAGCAAGACAAAUCGAGGCAAUCUUUUAUAAAGGCUAUCCAGCUACUGCAGAAAGUUUUACAAGUGGACGCUUUUAAUAUUUUUGCAGCUCAAGGCCUGGCGAUAAUCUAUGCCGAAAAUAAAAGGUUUGGGCCUUGUCUGGAAAUCCUGAGGAAGGUUAGAGACUCUCUAAACAAUGAAUCUGUCCACAUCAACAUGGGUCACUGUUUGCUGGAAAUGCAAGAGCACGCAAAAGCUAUCGAAAAUUACGAAGUUGCGUUGAAGCAGUUUGCAAACGAAGGCUCAAAACCUCUACUAUUGAAUUUGCUGGGUCGCGCUUGGUACUCCCGUGGGGUGAAAGAGCGGUCUUUCGAAUGCUACGAGAAGUCUUUAGAGUACGCUCAGAAUGCAUUGGCGGCUGAACAAGAAAAGGAGAAUUCAAUCAUGAUACAAAGCGUAAAGUUUAACGUCGCGUUGUUACACUUUCAAAUAGCUGAAACUCUCCGGAGAGCACCUGCCAAUGCAAGAACUUUGUCUCAACUGGAAUACGCUGCAAAUGGCUUGAAUACUGCUUCUAUUUUGCUAAAAGAACUGAUAGACCAAGGAACCAAUAUCAUGCCAAUUGACGAGUUGGAUCAGCGUUUGCAGUUGAGCAAUACCACCAUGAAGACUGCUCUGGAAAGAUGUAUCACACAACAAAAAGAAUACGAAGCGGAGGCCACUGAGAAACUGGAGAAUGCGAGAAGGGCUUUCGAAGAAGGUGAAGAGAAAGAGCGCGAGCAACGUAGGAUUGUUGAAGAUCAAGAACGCAAGCGUAUUGCUAAACAGACCGAAGAAUACAACAAACUUCAAGAAGAAGCGCGAAAACUAAUGGAAGAGCGCACAGAAAUGGACAUUGUUGAAAACGCUAGGGAUUCGAAUCCACCGCUGAGCGGGGACGAAGAAUUUCAACAAAACGGGGAGGAAAAGAAAAAGAAGAGAGCCAAACGUAGCAAGAAAGGAGAAAACGAAAAAGCUGCUCCAAAAAAGAAGAGAAAGACGAAAAGAGCCGUUGUGGAAGAUGAUGAAGAUAACGAGAAUGAGGAUGAAGAACCAGCAAAAUCUGAAAGCGCAAAGCCUGGCAAAAAGGGUAAGUCACCAUAUCUAUCGAAGGAAUUCAUCGACGACAGUGAUGAAGAGAAUGGGGAGCUAAUAGCAGAAGAUAAGUCUGCCCAGUCCACGCCCCAGAACAGUGAUGCGGAGGAUAAAAAUGACGAUCAAGAUGGUCUUUUCUGA